GCCUGCUUCCAUGCGUGUCGGGAAUGCAUCUCGUACCCAUACCCGUACCUUACGCCUGUUUUGUAUAUUCGUUCGGGUGCGUGUUGGACUCAGCCCGGGCGCUGAUGGAGGUGCUGCGUGGUAGAGUGCGGCAUGCCAUGGCAGCGGCGAUGGUGGCGGCUGCGGUGCAGGGCCUGGCGGCGGCAACGGCGGCGGCGGCGCCUUCGGCGGUGGCGCAGCAGGGCCUGGCGGCGGCGGCGGCGGCGCUGGCCCUGGCAGUUGCGGCGGUGGCGCAGGGCCUGGCGACUGUGGCAGCGGCGCAGGGCCUGGCGGCGGCGCAGGGCCUUGGCCCGGCGGUGGCGGCGUGCAUGUCCGUAGCGGAGGGGGCAGGCAAGGCCACGUGGAGGAGGAGAGCGCGGCGCCGCCCGAGAAGCGGCGCCGGCCAGCAGGUUGAGACCUGCCGGUGUCUGGUUUGCAGUCUUUGCUGGCGAGCAUAGCGUGGCACGGUGUGGUUUGGUUUGCUGCCUGCUGUGCUUGUGCUUGACAGCGGGACGCAGCUGGCACAUGGUGAUAUGGCGGGCACUGCCUGUACGAACUGACCCCGGCUAUGCCUUGGAGAUGAGCAGGGCUCAACUGACUUGCAGGGGGUCCGUUCUGUAGCUAGAAGAAGCCGGCGCGCGCCCUAUCAGGACCGCUCCGAUUGUUGGGCUCAGCCAAUCGGGCUAUUCGGCACGGCCCUCAGCGGCCAUGCCUGAAGCCCGCUUCAACACUACGGUAGUCAAUAAGCGGUCCAGAGGCCGGUCUUCGAAGCACAUCCGCCUGAUGAAGCAGUCAAUUAGAAAGGGAAGACAAAGGGAUGGUGUAGCAAAGAUGAAACAAGAGAAUGGAGACGGAGAAGGGGUCCAGGGAUAGAGCUGUUGAGACACGCAAGUCAUGGCUGAGCAAUCUUUUUGGGGC